AUGCUUAUUGACUGCAUAGAUCUAGAUCCAGACUCGCCUCAUUUCGAUAGCUACCUAUCCGUCAUCAAGAAUUAUGGUAGUUUAAAACCUUGUAACAAGUCGCACUGCAGUAUACCCUGCCCAAACGCCGCCCCACCCCCCAAUUGCCCAGAAGUGGUACCGUACUGUGUGACAGGCUGCGCAUGCGUCUUGGACUGCGAAAACGAUCAGAGGAUCUGCUUCGAAACGAAGGGCUGCAUGAAUAGACGGGUUUACUUUGAACAAAUGCUUAACAAACUGGAUUACUUCGGAGACAAUACUUCGCUGCAUGGAGUUAAACAUGCGUUCUCCCUCUCACAUAUACCAUUUUUUAAAAAAUUAUUCUGGAUUCUGGUCUUAUCAGCAAGUGGAUUCGGCGCUUCAGUGAUACUAAGGUCACUAAUGGCACUAUAUUCUGGUGAAGCUGUGUCCUAUGUAUUGGACACCAAUUAUAUCGACUUCGAGACGCCUUUCCCGGCCGUGACAGUAUGCCAGCAAGUGGACUCGGGUCAAGCCAUGAGUUAUAUAAUAAAGAACGGUCUACCCAAAAGCCUGGUAACAUUCUACAAGGAGGUCAGUUUUUAUUACCUCAAAUACUGCAAAACUUGGUGCGACUGUAAGAUGAAUGUCACCUGUAUGGUGGACUUCUUAGAUGCUGUGGAACAGAUAAGGUCUCCUUGUAAAGACAUCAUGACUGACUGCUGGUUUAAAGGAGAGCAUUUUCCAUGUUGUGACCGGUUUCUCCCAUUGGAAACCGAGUACGGUCUAUGUUUCACGUUCAAUUCAAGAUUGCACGGCCAUGUUUUGAAGGCAAGCCGACGAGAUGGACCCUUACUGCCAGCCCUUGUGUUCAACGUCAAAGAAGAAAUUGGGUUAAGAGUUCACUCUCCAGAAGACAUGGUCUCAGUCGCGAUGGAGAACCCACUGGGCAAGCCGAUGUCGGUGCCCCUCAUCACUGAUCUGGAAAUCAUCUUGAAGGCGGACCUGAUCACGAGCGACCAAGCCGUGACUCCAAUGACGCCCGCAGCCCGCAGCUGUCUCUUCCCCUACGAGUGGCCUGAGCACGCGGUCUACUGGAACUUCUCCCGGUACACCUACAGCACCUGCAUGCUAUACUGCAGGGCCAUGGCGCAGUACUACUAUUGCAAUUGCACGCAUCAUUUGAUGCCAAGGAUAAGAAAUCUUCCGUUUUGCAAUGCUGACGAAAUUCAAUGUCUCAGUAAAACUAAAGAUCAGUUCUCGAGCUACCCAUGUAGUUGUCCGAUGGCGUGCGAGGAAGUGAAUUAUAAAGUGGUCCAUAUCUUCAAUGUACGCCAUACGAAGGAUGUUCCGAAGACCUUGUCCGCCAGGGGGUCCAGGGUGGAAAUACGCUUGGGAGAACUUCCCAACUCCAUGGUCAGAAGGGUGGCCAUACGACACACGCUUGGAUUAGUUGUGGACAUCGGAGGCGUCGCCGGCGUGUUUUUUGGAGCUUCUCUUUUGAGUAUAUUGGAAAUAUUCUAUCUUUUUUUUAUACGGCGUGAUUCUUAA